UCUGUGUUAAGUUUUAUGAUCUAAUGCCAAAUAAAUUACCAAAAUGCUUUUCUUUUAAGCCACAGUUUGAAGAGCUUGUGCAGUUCAUGUCAAGCAGACCCAUUCACGUGCUGAUAUUGAGCAGGAAAAGUGGAAACAGCAAAAAAGAUGAUUCCGCCUGGGCAGAAUUAAUUGGUCCUGCAGAUGUUGAUGUAAUUAAGCCACCAAAGCGUCCCAGGUCAAGCCGUGACAUCCAAGAGAAACUAGAACUGUCAAGUCAUGACAGCAAGGAGCUUGCAAGCAGGGAGUUAGCAUUCUUCUUUCCAUCCUUUGGUGAAGAUGAAGGGAAGCAAACCACAGAAGGAGGGUACAAACCCCAAAUCCAAAAAACUCUGGCUCUUAUUCGCCCUAGUCUCCUCAGAGAAAAGAAAGGUGAGAUCCUGAAGACAAUUCAUGAAUCUGGCUUCCAAAUUGCAAUGCAAAAGGAAUUGACCCUAACAGAGGAGCAAGUGACAGAGUUCUACAAGGAUCAUGCCGGCCAAGAGUACUUUCCGAGUCUGAUAAAGCAUAUGAUGAGUGGUCCUGUUCUGGCAUUGGCUUUGACCCGAGAGGAUGCAGUGCAACACUGGAGAAAGUUGUUGGGUCCAAAAAUGAUCAAUGAAGCGAAAGGAAAAGCACCUGACAGCCUGCGUGCUCAGUUUGCUGUUGACAAUGUGCCAAUCAACCAGUUGCAUGGCAGCUCAUCUCCUGAGGAAGCACAGAAAAAUCUCAACUUUUUCUUCCCUGUUGAGCACACCCUGGCUGUUAUUAAACCUGAUGCUGCCAAAGAACACAGAGAUGAUAUUAUAAACAGUAUCAAAGAAGCAGGGUUUUGCAUUUCACAAGUAAAAGAGACCAAGUUAACCAAAGAAAUGGCUGCAGAGUUUUAUAAGGAUCACCAAGGAAAAGUGUUUUACGAUCAGCUCGUCGAUUACAUGUCCCAGGGUCCAUCCGUGAUGAUGAUUCUUAGUAAAGAGAAUGCUAUUGAGGAAUGGAGGAACACGAUAGGCCCUGUGGAUCCAGAUGUAGCCAGGCAAAUCGAUCCUAACUCCCUUCGAGCUCAGUUCGCCAGAAGUGUGCUGGAGAAUGCACUUCAUGGAUCUUCCAGUGUGGACCAUGCUAAGAAAAACAUUCGAUUCAUAUUUGGCGAUAUUGACUUGAAGUGACAGAAAACAAUAGAUGCCAUUAGUAAUCAAGGGAAUGAAAAUGAAUUGUAAAAAAUUAUACAUUCUUUGACUUUGAAGACAACAUUAUCAUUCCGCUUGCAUAAACUGCAACAUAAAGAAUAUACAAUGCACAGUAAUAAAAGUUAGCUAACACGUUAUUGCUAAGCUCAAACAUAAAUUCAUAAAUAAAACAAUCGAAUACACCAGGUACUCUAUAUUUAUACUGUAGUUGUUUUUUUGUUGUUUUAACUGUUGUUUUCAAUAACAGACAGCUAAUGAGUAUACAUUGGGUGAUUAGUCACAUAGACAACACAUUGAAUUGUUCAAGUAUCAUUUUAAUAGAAAACUAUCAUUGAGCUGAUUUCCAAGCAAAAAUGAUUACAUGAGCAAACACCUAAUACCUUUCACAAUAACAAGGCUAAAGACAAAGAAAUACAUAUUUAAAUAUGUUAAAGAGUUCCACUAAGAAAACAGCAUCUAUACAGUAUUCCUAGAAAUACAAGGGCAGUAGUUAUUGGGAAUUAAAAUGGUCAGAGUCUGCUAAGGCAGUGCAUGGUUGUUAAGGACAGCCAGCUUCAAUGUAUUUGAACAAAUCUGAAUUUCCUUAAAUCUCCCUUUCAGUUUGUUACAUUUUUACAAUUUCCCAAGUUAUAUGUAAUAAUUUCAAUACUUAAAAAACAUUUUCACGCUACUGAAUGCUUUGUGAGAAAUAUGGCUUAUACAAAGCUUUAAAUAUGAUAAAACUCAAUGUCUAUAGGUGCAUUUUCUGUGCAUUCAUCUACCCAUUUUCAAUUACAUUGAGUCCAUUUGAAGGUGAUUGUGACCUGGAACCUAACCUGGAAGCCAAUGUUUGCAAAACAGAAUACACUCUAUGAUGGCUCACCUGUCCAUUGCAAACUCACAGAGCUGAGGGCUUAGAGACACAAAAUAAUCAACAUAUUAUGUCUUCGAACUGUGAGAGCAAACCAAUCACCUAGAGUGGUCAAACGUGGUGAAAAUGAGAACAUAUAGACUCCCCACAGAAUGUCACCAGACUGGAAUCAAACCGAGUUGUAAGACAACAGCACUAAUCUCCAUGCCAUUAUGGUCCCCAGUUCAUGUUAAAGUAAAACCAAAUACUGAUUCCAAAACAUUUUACAUUAUUUGUAGACAAUGUUUCCAUUCUAUUCACUUACACACAUUGAUCAAUAUGUAUUCACAAUGUUGGUAAGUGGCACAGUCCAGAUAAUAUCCUACAACCAGGUCAAAAGCUGUUCAACAAACACAGUAAUAUGUUCUGACUAGUUACCAUUGAUUCAGUAUUAUGCAUUUACUGUGUGGCCUUUUAAACUUUUCUGUUCCUAAUGGGCUUUCAUUAGGAGUUCUUGAGCCUUUAUAUAAGGAAAUGUCUUGAGAGGAAAGGAAUGUUGUGUUGUGUCAUGGCCAUACAGAACAUACAGCAAACAAAUAAACAUUUGAUAUAUUUUAGACAGUU